CGUAAACAAAUGACUUUCGGCGAGCAACAUUUCAAAUGUGCUAAUAAUUUGUACAAAAACGUAUUCUACAAGCAAUAUUUUCUUGUGAACUUACAAUAAAAUGUUAAUUGCCCGGUGUCGAAGCAGUUUCUCCUCUCUAAGUUUCGUUACUGAGUGGUGCUAGGAGAGUUUUCGCCGAAAUUACAAAUGAAUCAGAGUCAACAGAAAGCGAAGAAGGAAGAGAGAAAGAAAGAUGUACCAAAACAGGUUCAAAAGAAGAGUCCGGAGAAGAAUAUGUCUGAAAUUGACGAGCAUAUACAAAAACGGUUUGAGAUUAAGAAGCGGCUGGGGAAAGGUGCUUAUGGGAUAGUGUGGAAGGCGGUGGAUAAGAAGACUAAGGAUGUGGUCGCUAUAAAGAAGAUUUUUGAUGCAUUUAGAAACCAAACAGAUGCCCAGAGGACUUUCAGGGAGAUUAUAUUCCUCCAAUCGUUCAGAAACCAUCCAAAUAUUGUGAAACUUCAUAGUAUACACAGGGCUUUGAACAACCGCGACAUCUACCUCGGCUUCGAGUAUAUGGAGACUGACCUCCAUAACGUGAUUAAACGCGGGAACAUACUGAAGGAUAUACACAAGCGUUACAUUAUGUAUCAAAUGCUGAAGGCGACGAAGUAUAUACAUUCUGGAAAUGUUAUACACAGGGAUCAGAAGCCGAGUAAUGUGCUCAUUGAUAGCGCUUGCAGAGUGAAGCUGGCAGAUUUUGGGCUGGCUAGAUCUGUGUCCAGCAUGUAUUCUGGCGGGGAGGAAGGCGCGGACCCCUGCCUCACAGACUACGUCGCAACAAGGUGGUAUCGCGCGCCUGAGAUACUGAUCGCUAGCAAGAACUACACGAAGGGCAUAGACAUGUGGUCCCUGGGUUGCAUCCUGGGGGAGAUGCUGACCGGCAAGCCCCUGUUCCCGGGGACCUCCACCGUCAACCAGAUCGAGAGGAUAAUGGCCGCGUUGCCCAAACCUUCGUCCGAUGAUAUAACAGCAGUCUGCAGCGGCUACGGUUCAUCCCUGAUCAAGGAGCAAGCCUCCAACACCAGUGGGGGUCCUCCGCUGACGUCACUGUUGUCCUGCGCGCCCAGGGACGCCGCUGACCUGGUCCAGAGACUCCUCGUCUUCAAUCCAGCGAAGAGAUUGAGCGCCGAGAGGGCGUUGGACCACGAAUAUGUGGGGAAAUUCCAUCGUGAACGCGACGAGCCUACUCUCCCGUCAGACGUGCUUCUCCCACUGAGAGACGACAAACAGGUGUCUGUGGACGACUACAGGAACAAACUGUACAGCAUCAUGGCUAAAGGGAACGCUGUCAGCCAGAGGAAGCAUCAGAGCAGCAAGACUCUACCCCUGCCGUCGACCGCGAGCAAGAGCUCCAAAUCGUUCCACGACGUUGAAAAAUCCUACUUCAAAACCGGCAAACACACAGCCUCCGCCGAUACGAAGUCCCGACAGGCCAAAUUAGACAGGACCAAAGAGUAUAGAUCGGAACAGACCAUAAACAAACCAUUGAGGGCUACCAGAGCUUACCACGACUGGACAGAGACGCAUUGCCAAGGGGAUUAUUUUCAAGCGGUGCGCAGACAGUCUCCAGACAGCUACGUUGGCGGUAAGAAGGCUUCUUUGCAGCACAGGAGGAAUUCUACGUCGUUCUCAACGGUCACCAUCGGCGGGGAUGCUGACUAUGGCCUGAAGAAUCAGAGGCAUGGAGUUAUAACGGCCAGCGCUUUGAUGGACUUGAGGACUAGUAUCCGAUGAGCCGUAGGAGUUUUUAGGGCGGUGAAUCUCUUUUUUUUUU